GUCAGUAGCACGCGACGUCAGUAGCUCGCGACGGUGCCGCUCCCGGCUCGGGAUUUCGAGCUUACUCGCAGCAUGUCGGUCAUCUUCGCCCCUGACUGGCUUCGCGGCAAGGCUAAGGUCAACCAGGAGACCAUCCAGCGGCUCCUGGAGGAGAAUGACCAGCUGAUCCGCUGUAUCGUGGAGUAUCAGAACAAGGGCCGAGCGAACGAGUGCGUCCAGUACCAGCAUGUGUUGCACAGAAACCUCAUUUACCUAGCGACCAUCGCAGAUGCCAACACAAGCAGCCUCACGAAGGCAGUGGAGUAACUCCAGAAGGCUGUUGCCAGGACCGACUGAAGGGGACACAUCUUCUGUGAAAUAGAGACACAGUUGUCAGGAACUGACCUGCUUAGAACACGGGCGAAACGGCUGUGAUUCGUUUGGACUCUGAAGAAAGUUGCUACUAACUCUUCUAUAUCUUAGUGUAAAUAUUUUAGUAAUAAAACAGAUCCCAGGGUAGAACAGAACGGAGGUGAUGUGGCAACAGGGCCAUUGUCAUGGUCAGCAAAAUCAAUAAUCUUAAUUCUCUGGUAUCGAAUGAUAACCAGUCUUUCUCUGUCCCACCGCCAGCUCUCAGAUGACGACACAGAGACCUGUUAGCUGUGAGAGCUUGGUCUUGGCUGAGGCUUGCUCUUCGCUAGCUCUGCUAACUUAAUACGUUUCUAUUAAUCCUCCUUCUGUCACAUGCUGCCCAUCCUGCUUCUUCCAUGUCCCCUGGCAUCUCUUGUGCACCUCAUCCUGCUUCCUCCUCUCUGCUGGAAAGUCCUGCCUCUUCCUCCUGCCCAGCUAUUACACCAGUCACAGAAAUAUACCUUCACACGGUGUACAAAUAUUCCACAACAAUGACAUUCACUUCUCUUUGUGACAUAUCCCACAUCAGCUGAGGCUGUCUCACAGUCCUAUUUUCACAUUUAAGUUUCUUUUCAGGGAGAGAGGUUGAAGCAAAAAUCCCUGCUUAAGGCUGAAUUACACAUUAACGAGAAUCAAGCAAAGGGUACAUUCAGAGCUGAGAAGCAAAUAAUAAUAAUAAUCAUAUAAUAAUUUAAUAACCAGCACCAGGCACAUCUGGGAAAUAGAGGCAGGAGGUCGAGGUCAGCCUGGGCCACAUGAGAUUCUGAAAAAGGGAAAAUGUAUUUGUUAGCAUAUAAAAAAUAGGUUUAACAAUGACAUUUUCUUUCUUUUUGUUUGAUUUUCAAGACAGGGUUUCUCUCUAGCAUCUGCUGUCCUGGAACUCUCUGUAGACUAGGCUGGCCUUGAACUCACAGAGCGAUGACAUUUUCAUAGUUACACAUAAUGUAUUUUGAUCCUAUUCACUUCUAUUACUCUUGUUUGACCCCUUGCUACUUAAAGUGUGAUCUACAACAUGGAUGCAAUUGAAAGCUAUUUUGCUUUUGUGCUGUGAAACAGCCAUGAAGGACAGACAGCAAAUGUAUCAGUUUGCCCUCUGUUGCAGUGAUACAACACCGUGACAAAAAGCAGCUUGUGGAGGAAAGAGUUUAUUUGGUUUAAACAUCCCAGUCACAGUCCAUCGUGAAGAGAAGUGAGGGUGAGAAUCUGAGGGCAGGAACUGAAGCAGAGCCUCUAGAAGGCGGGUUUACUGGCUUACUCUCUUGUUGGAAAGACUGAAAAUCUGUUAGUUGCUCAGCCCCAGAAGCUGACUAUCUCAGCAAUCCCAAUCACACACUGGAGACCUGGAAGAUUCCUUGACAGCUGCUGGUCUUAUCUAUGUUGGAAUCCCAAAUAAAUUGGUUUAAUAUCAGCUAGCAAAGGACAGAUGAACUUACCAAAGACAGUGUAAGCAAGCAAAAGUCAAAGUCUCCUUCUAUCUGGAAACAGAAAAGUAUGACUCAGAUUUGGGAUGAAUCUUCUUUUGAAUAAUCCAAUCAAAUCCCUCAACGGAGUGCCCAGCGGCUUGGAUUUUGGUUGGUUCCGGUUGCAAUCAAGUUGAUAACCAAAGCAGACCAUCAGAUGAUUCUACAGUCAGGAGAGACUAUCAGUCACCAGACUGACAAUGUAGAAUAGAGGCGUCCAGAGUAGGGGUGAAGGGAGGAGGGAGAAGGUAACAUGGCUACACCAUAAGGUGAAUUACUUCAUACCACUGAACUGUACUUACAAAUGUUAAUAAUAUAACAGGCUUUUACAAUUUUAUAAAACAGUUUCAUAAGAA